AUGCCAGCUGAGGUGGUUGGUACGGUGGGAGAGAAUGAAGGACGGAGAGCUGAUGAAGUGGACGACAAAUCGGAAGAAGAAAACGGUGCCGAUGAUCUGAAAUGUCUUGAUUGGCUUGUUAAUUACAGAUUACCUGAAUACUUUGUUUCCUUGGAUGAUUCAUUUCAUCAGAAGAAUCUCUUUCGCAAUUCCAACGAUGGAUCUGCCUCUGAAGAUAUGUACUGCGAAGAUAAUGAUUAUGUUGCAAUAGAACAAGUGAUUUAUGAUACUUCGGCAGAGAAGCGUUUGGCUAAGAAGUGCUCGCUGUUGUGUUGGAUAUUCCGAGUACUGGCUACAUCAUCGGAACGCCAACUUUCCCUGAACGAUAUAUAUCAUCGCUUCCUUGUUCUAAAUUCUGAUCGGGGAAAGCUGCCACCAAAUUGGAAAUUUUCCGUUGGAGAAACACUGCUCAAUUCGAAAUGUUUUAUAUAUAAGCAUUCUCUAUGGUCAAUUAAUGCUGACUUCGCAUUAAAACAUGAACAUGAUGCACUUGCUCAAGGGCUUUCACAUCGCUGUCCACCCUCUGUUUCUUCAACAUGUGAAAUUGUUGAUAUUUCAAAUAAAAGUUCAUCUUCCAAUAAUAUGCUGAGAAAUUUUCAACCACACGAAGUCAAAAGACAAAGCUGCGAAACGCGAAAAAUAAUUGCCUAG